AAAGAAAAAAGCAACUUUAUUGUAGAAAAUUUUUGAAACAAGUUGAAAUAAUCUUACUGCACUAGCAGAUUUAUACAUUUCUUUUAAGAAAAUAAGACUUAAAGAUAAAAAUGACUUAAUAAGAAGGAGAGUUUGCACUCUGAAUGACACCUGCUGAGAUACAGAUACACACAUUGGCAGUGCACUCACCUGUGCAACGGCUGAAUGCAAAACAGAAUAACAAGAUGGGACAACAUGUAAUCUGAAAGUGUAAUUUAUUAAACAUCCUGUUGAAUUUUAAUGGCCAUCAAUUUUAAAGUUGAGUUGUUUUGGGCGUUCAGGUUGCAGGAAAAAAAAAAAAGAUAUAUUUUUUUUAUCGUGCCACAUUAAUGUCAACGCUCCUGUCACACAUAACGUACAUGACCAGGAAUGACGGCGCUGACAGGGCCUCGCUGUGUGUAUGUGUGUGUGUGUGUGAUCAGCCAGGAAGAGCUUUUGUCCUUGGGCUGAGAGGGCACCUGGCUCCUCUUCCCGUCCUUGUGAUCUCUCUGUUCCCUCUCUCUCGUGCCGCUCUAUCCCUACUCUAUCUGUCUCUUCCUCUCUUCUCUCAGCUUGGAUCCCUUCAUCCCCCCAUCUCACGUUCUCCCUCUUCUCUGCCCAAGGCGAUGCCGUCCUGCAGGCUUUGAUCAGGGGGCCAGGGAGGAGAGAGGAAGUGGGUCAGAAAGUUGUGCUGGAGACUGCAGGCGAACAAGGCUGGAAUAUCGAGUAGGUCUGAGUCUGUCACGUCCUCAGCCAAUCAGAGCCUUCGUUAACAGCGGCGUCGGCACGUGAUUGGGAGAAGGAUGGCAACCAUGCCGUUUGUCAGUGAGGGGAAGUGUGUGAGCGUGGAGUGGGAUUUCUUGCAAGGACUGCUGGCCAAGCCUCCCACCCUGCCCUGUCUUCAGAACCUGCGUAAAGAGAAGUCUCGCAAUGCGGCUCGUUCGCGGCGGGGGAAAGAGAAUUUCGAGUUCUUUGAGCUGGCCAAGAUGCUGCCUCUGCCCGGGGCCAUCACCAGCCAGCUGGAUAAAGCCUCUGUCAUCCGGCUGACCAUCAGCUACCUGCACAUGCGCAUCUUUGCCAGCCAGGGGGACCCGCCCUGGAGCCCUCUGCUGGAGGGAGACAGCAACUGCAGCAAAGUAAGACGAUCAACUCAUUCUCUGGCCACUGACAUUUUUGAACAGCACCUAGGGGCGCACCUCCUGCAGUCUCUGGAUGGCUUUGUGUUCGUGGUCAGUCAGGAGGGACGGUUUCUCUACAUCUCAGAGACAGUUUCUAUCUACUUGGGACUCUCACAGGUGGAGCUGACCGGCAGCAGUGUGUUUGAUUACAUCCACCCAGCGGACCACGUUGAGAUGGCAGAGCGGCUGGGGAUCAGGCCACAUCUGAGGGCCGAGGCUGGCUGCCACACGGCCCCCGAGAGCGCUUCCAGCUCUGCGUCCACCUCCUCCCUAGCUGGCACCCCUGAACCCGCUCCAUCUAGUCCUCAUUCUCCUGCUGAUGAUCCUCCAGACCGCGGUUUCUUCAUCCGCAUGAAGUCCACUCUCACCAAAAGAGGCCUGCACGUCAAGUCUUCUGGAUACAAGGUGAUCCAUGUGACGGGACGAAUCCGCUGCCGCCCUGCACUUGUUCCAGGCUCCACACGUUCAGUGCGUCGACCUUUGGGUUUGGUUGCGUUGGCACACACACUUCCGCCUUCCACUCUUAAUGAAGUCCGCAUGGAGAGCCAGAUGUUUGUCUUCCGAGUGAACAUGGACCUACAGGUUACAUAUUGUGAGAACAGGAUCUCAGAGUAUAUGGAUCUGACCCCAGCAGAGGUGGUGGGACAUACCUGUUACCACUUCAUCCAUGUAGAAGAUCUGGAGAACCUCCGGCAGAGCCAUGAAGACUUGCUGAGGAAAGGCCAAGUGGUGACCGGUUACUACCGUUGGCUCCAGAGGAGAGGAGGCUACCUGUGGAUUCAAUCCACAGCCACCGUCUCAAUCAACCACAAAGCCCCCCAUGAACGCAACGUCAUCUGGGUCAACUACGUUCUCAGUCGAACAGAGUUGCCCGACACACCCCUGGAUGUACUGCAGCUACCAGAGAGCAUAAGAGCAGAGCGACUUCGAGUCAGCUCCUCUCCCACUGACAGCUCCCCACAGACCCGAGGCUCGCAGUCAGUGAAGAACUCAGUGGGGAAGACUGACCCUGACACUAAAGGCAGAGAGAAAUUCACCGCUGCUGCCAUCCAAUCAGAGGACAGGAGGAAGCGCCUGCUGAGGUCCGACCCCGAGGGCGCUCCACCUGAAACCCGUCGCAGGCUGGAAGAGCUCCGUCACACCGAAGAGAGCGUAUCAGCCUCCUCGGACCUGGCGAGUGAAAGUGAGGGGGAGGAGGAGGAAGAGACAGAGUGGGACCAGGGGGGAGACAGUGACAGAUUGAAACAAGAAGACGGCGGGGGAGGAGGCAAACACAGUAGGGGAGGAGACACCCCAACUAGAGGGGAAAGGGGGGGCAGGGUGCACAACGGCCGGGCUGUGAUCCAGCAGCUGAAGAGUGUAGUGACCCCGUCUCCUCUGCCUGGCAGCCCCAGCAUCAAGACUGAACACGAAGCCCUGACCACUGGGGGGCGCUGGGGGUCUCACACGCAGACCACCACCUCACACACACACACCACCCAGCCCCAACCCUCACAUGCACACACACCCUCCAGCAGCCUCAACGGUGACAGCCCCACCACCCCAAUACCCGACUCCUCAUCCAGCAGUGAAGCCCCCCCAAAAGGCUUGUUCACUCCCCCGUCUCCAGCUCUGUCCCCCGCCAUGUCCGUGUCCUCCCCGUUGCCCCGUGAAGAGAGGGUUGUGUCGGGGGUGGUCAGUCGAUGCAGUGGGGGUAGCAGCGGUGCAGGUCCUGACUUUGAGCUGCUACAGAGACUGGCUGCAGGCGGUGCAGCAGGACGGGUCCUCUUCCACCCCCUUGCCCUCGGCCCGCAGGGCCCUCAGAGCCUCUACGCCCCCAGCACUAUCCGCUACGCUCCACCUGAGCUGCCCCCCUCCCACCACCACAGCACAGGACACAGCGAUGGCCUGCAGCUACGCUCGGACCACCACAAGGGACCCCCAUCGGCCUUCUUCCCCCACCUACAGCGGCUAGCCGGCUUGCCACCCUUCAGUGGUUUCUCCCCGUCUGACAGCCCUUUCUCCUCUGGCCUGCCCUUCUGUAUGAAUGGACUGAGGGGGGCUGCAGGCUCCGAGGAGGACUGAGACUGAGAGGGGAGGAGGUGACAGGAGAAGAAAAUAAAAAUGAAGGACAGAGCGGAUUGACAGAGCAGAGAGAGACAUUGAAAAGGGCAGAGGGACUGAAGUGGCAGGACAUUAAGCCUCUAAGGACGUUACUGAUUGGACAAUGAGUUGAAUAACUAAGAUUUAAAGUAUGUGACAAGCCACUGCCGUAGGGAAUUAUUGUGUCUGCGUAUUGUGGACAAGUGACAGUGACUCUCAGAGAAAACAGAACAUGGAAACUUUUGAUUGGUUCUCCCUCAAGACUUUCCGUCUCUACAACAAUAAUGAACUCUGUGUCUUUCUCUAGAUAACUGUGUUGAUUUCUGUGUCUCUUCCACUCAGAGAAGCCAUAUUGUAUAUAGAGACAAAACCAUAAAGACCCUCAGCUCACAUCCUCCUCACCAUCACCCCAAUUAACCCAAUUAACCGUAAAGCCAGUAGAAAGAGAUGGACACUUGUCUGUAGGAACGAAAAUGACUUUGGAAUAUAAAUUUUUAUUAUUGCAGUAUUAUAUAAUUCAUCUCUUAUACUGGGAUCGAGGUGAGAAUUUGAUUAUAGGGUUUCCCUUAAAAGAGAUGGAGGCAGCCCUCGCCAGAUGUUUUUGUACUGAGAUUCAAAAAUAUUAAAUAAUUAAAAAAAAAAGUAUUCAUCAGUCCGCCAUACUUAAAGCACACUGUUGGGGACAAAAAUAUGAAUAAAGUAGUCCCAGACAUUCCAUAAUCUAUAAGGGAAGAAAAUGCAAUGCAGACAGGAGAUGUUAUUUCUGUUGUUUGAUUAUAGGAAGGUCAUUUGUUUAACUGAGUGAGAAUUAAUUAUAGUAUAUUCUGAUGCUGCGGUUGUGUUUGUGUAUGAAAGCCAUAUUCUUGUUGUUUUUUUUUAAAGGUUUUUUUAAUUGUUUUUGAUUUCGGAUAAAACAGAUGGCAGGACGGUAUGAAAAACAUGUCGAGUUAAGCAAAAUAACAUUGUUUUAUUGAAUGCACAAUAUCAUUCAAAUACCUUUUUUAUUAUUCUUUAAAAAAAGAGAUAUUUCUGAAAAUGUUUUUAGGCAGGAAAAGUGUUUAUUAUCAUUUAAAACCUCUGUGUUUUUCUGAGCACUUAUUGAAAUGUGUUCCAGUGUGAACUCAAAGCACUUCAUCACUUAACACUCUCUGUGUGAUCCUGUUAAAACAGAAAACAAUGCAAGAGUGGUCACUAAUAUCAUAGCCUGACCACGGUGGAGUAGAGGGAAUAAAUGGUCAUUUGAAAAGGCAGGUGUGUGAUAAAUUAAAAGACCUGGUGUGGUCGUAAAAAGAAGACCAUUAGAGGUCAAUAAAAAUGAACUCUGAUCAGAAUUAUGCUCAUAUUGGUUUCAGUUCAAUUCAGUCAACUGUGGAAUAAAGCUCUGAAUUAAAAAGUGGAAAUGUAAAUCACUAGUUGGAAUUCCUCUCAGGAUUGAAAAAACAAACACAAAACACUUUUUAUAUGAGAAAAAUGUAAUAACUUUUUUUUUCAAAUUACUGCUCAGAAUAUUUAAUCUCCUAUUUGAACUGGUUAGUUCACAAAAAAAUUAGUUUUUGUCUAAAAGACACUCAAAAAAACUCUGAAAUUUCACUCCAAAAUGUGACAUGACAUUUAACAUUUUAAAAAUAUUUGCUAUCAAUACAGCAAACUAAUCAUAAUUAAACAUCUGUGAGGUGAUUUGCAAUUUUUAACCUUUGGCUGCAAAAUGGCAACAUUAUCAACAAUAAUAAUCCAUGAUAUAAAUACUCAGAAACAUCACUUAAUUCUUUAGCACUUUGGAAUGAAACCCUUAAAAUGGAGCUGCCAAGAUACGCCUAAAUUCAUAUUAUCUGUUAAAAAACAAGUUAUCCAAAUGAGUCAUGCCAUACACUUUAUGUAACUUUUUUUUCUUCCAAAUUGAGAUUAUGGUCGACCAUCUGAUCCGAGGGCUCAGUUUUUGUGGGAAUGUCUGAUGUUCUAAUGUCUGACAGAAAAAAAACAGAAAAAAAAAACAUUUCUAAUUGUUCGGAUCCAAUGUGCACUACACACCCAUACUGUAGCUGUCACAUACAAAUAUGUGUGAGCGCACAUAUUCUCGGGUGUUUAAUGGUAUAAUGUGUGUUUGCGUGCCUGCGUGUGUGUAUGUUGUGCGUGUAUUUUUUUUUUUUUUUUUUGUUGUUGUUGAAUUAAAUAGCUAACCCUUUGCCCAUCACUGUGAAUCUAACGUUAUCCUCCCAUCUUUGUGAAUACUCCACCCGCUCAUCAAAUAAAAUGAACAAAUGUAAAAAGAAAAACAGUGAUACAGAUGAUGAUAACAAUAAAAAUAUUCCAGUA